AAGUCGGUUGUUUCGUGACCGCGACGCGAUCCGCAAGUCAGAAAUCAGAAUUUGUUUGUCAUUGCUGCAAUACGACUGAGAUCUUCCGUGUCUAAGUGGAUAUUUUUGAAUUUAGUGCUAACUAUGGAAACUUUAAUAGGAAUUCGUGGACCAGACUUUGUAAUGCUAGCGGCUGAUAGUUCGCAUGCACAGUCAAUCAUUGUUCUGAAGGAUGAUGAAAAUAAAAUCUACAAGAUCUCCGAUAAUCUGGUGAUGGCCACUAUUGGCGAAGCGGGAGACCGCGUCCAGUUCACGGAGUACAUCAGCAAGAACAUUCUACUUUAUAAAAUGCGGAACGGCUACGAAUUGGGGCCAAAGUCAGCAGCUCACUUUACUCGUAAAAACUUAGCUGAUUAUUUACGUUCCCGUACUCCGUAUCAUGUUAAUGUUUUAGUUGGAGGAUACGAUGAAGCAGAUGGAGCCCAGCUUCAUUACAUCGAUUAUUUAGCUAAUUCGCUGCCAGUAAAAUAUGCGGCUCAUGGCUACGGAGGCCUCUUUGUGUCCAGCAUUCUCGAUCGGUAUCAUCAUGCUAAAAUCACGCAGGACGAGGCAUACGAAAUCAUGAAAAAAGGUGUAACUGAGAUUCAGAAAAGAUUACUUGUUAAUUUACCGAAGUUCAAGGUGUCGGUUAUUGGUAAGGACGGCAUUAAGGAGCUAGCAGACAUAACGGCCGAUAGUCUAAAACAACCGGCUGCUGCCUAAGUUUUUUAUUUAAGUUUUUUUUUCUACUGAAAGCAAAAAUAAAAACUGGCUAGAUAUGUAUGAAGGAAACGGUAA